AAUUUUCCUCACACCAUAACACAUUAACUAACACCAACACACACGCGAUCAGAAGAAGAAGAAGAUAAAAGAAAAACACCAGACACAGACACAAACCAGACACACAAGACCAUGAAACUGUGUUACAUCCAUUCCUUGUUUCUGGGUCGCAAGUGUUGACCAAACUAACACACAGACAAAAAUAAUACACAAUUCAUUCAUUCUUCCUUUCUCUCUCUCUCUUAUUCUUCUGUGCCAAAGUUUUUUUGUGGAAAAGAAAAGAAAAGGUUUCUCGUUUUGUCUCCCACCCCUCUUUCCCGCCACCUUCGCUUCAUUCACCCUUUUCCAUUUUCAUUUAAUUUCUCGCUCCUCUCUUUUCUUUUCUUCUCUUUUUCUUUUUUCCUUUCCUCUAUCUACCUUCUGAUCCGAUCUAAGCUACGAACCUGGUGUUGUUUGUUGUGACUGUGCUGCGUGGUGGGUACCUUGAUUCUCCCCGGUGCGAAGGUUGGUUUUAUCGUUGGUUGGUAAUGGUGGGGCAAUGAAAUCUUCGGAGAGCAUUUUUUUCCAGCCAGAAUGUUGUGAGUGGAUUUGGUGUUGAACUUUGAGACCUGCUGUGCAAAAUCUGUUGCCAAAAUCCAAUAUUGGAACAGUAAUUUAUUAUAAAUUUGGAGUAAGAUGUCUGGUGAAUCGGCUCCCAAACCCAAACCGAGACUAGUGUUAUGUCCUAAAUGCUGGCAACUUCUUCCAGAGUCUCCAGAUUAUGAUGUGUACAAGUGUGGUGGAUGUGGCACCACUCUUCAAGCUAAGAAACGAAGAAAUAGGGCUGUGAACUCAGAAUCCAAUACACAUGAAACUGAUGCAGCUCCUAGAAAUGCAUUGAACAGAGAAUCCAGUACACGUGAAACUGAUGCAGCUCCUGGAAAUGCAUUGAACUCAGAAUCCAGAAUGCAUGAAACUGGUGCAGCUCCCACAAAUGCAUUGGAUACUAAAGCUCAUGAUAAAAAAUACAGCAAUGGAGAGCAGCUAGUUAGUUAUCAGGAGAAUGGUUUCAAGGAAAAUGCAACUAAUUCUUCCUCAGGUGAAUGUUCUUUGAAUGGAAGUGGUGGAAGCGAUCAAAUUGAAGAUGGUGAAUGCAAUGGAGAGCAGCUAGUCACUUCUCAGGAGAAUGGUUUUGGGGAAAAAUCAACUAGUUCUUCCUCAAGAGAAGGUUCUAUGAAUGGAAAUGAUGGAAGGGAUCAAAUUGAAGAUGGUGAAUGCAAUGCAGAGCAGCCACUUAUUUCUCGUGAGAAUGGUUUGAUGGCAAAAGCAUCUAGUUCAUCCUCAGAAGAAUGUUCUUUGAAUGGAAAUGAUGGAAGGGAUCAAAUUGAAAAUGGUGAAUGCAAUGGAGAGCAUAUAGAACAGUUAAAUUUACCAGAUGAAGAACUGGGAAAUGAGAUGGAUAGCCAUAAAUUAUCUGAUAUGAGAAGACAUACAGUGUCCUACAAUGGUUGUUCAGAUGAGGUAACUUACUUUGAGAUUGAGGCCUUGGCAGAAUUGAUAGCAGAGAGUUCAGUAGAAAAUGCAAAGAACACAAACUUGCAACUACAAGGAGAAGAGCUAAGUAAUGGAAAUGUGCCAUUAGAAGGAGCAGUGAAGCACUUAAUAAGUACAUUCGAUAAAGAUGGCAAUGAUGAGAAAUUGGCUCCAGGGCUGCAAAAGUCUGAAGUGGACAUUGCUGGAAAUGAUUUUGAAGCAGCAGAAGAGUUAAAUAAUGGAAACUUGUUACUGGAAGGAGCGGAAAAAGAUUUAUUUUCUGGAUUGGAUAGAGAAGAAGUCAAUAAUGACAACUCGGCUCUAGUUGGUGCAAAUCCUGAAGUGGACAUUAAUGGAAGCAAUGAAGCAGGAUCAGAAGAAUUAAAUAACCGAAACUUGUUAUUAGAGGUAACAGAAGAGGAGUUGAAUGGGUGUGCAUCGGAUGGUGGAGAUCCUAAACAUGACCAAUCAGGUCUAGUGGGUGCAAAAUCUGAAGUGGAUAAUACCAGAAAUGCAUCUAUUCCCCAAAGGUUAAGUACUGAAGAAGGAAGAAUUUCACGUGCUUACCCUCGUGAACUUGAAGAAGGUACAUCUGGUUAUCAUGCUUCUUCCAAAGCCGUUCACCAUAGCUUUGACUGUGUAAGAUCUGUUGAUACAUUUGAUAACACAGAAGUAAUUAAUCCUGGUUUUGAGACUAGUGGUACACUGGGAGGAUUGUCUAAGUCCUCAACCAUUCAAAGCUAUCAUGCUUAUGAUGGCAGCAUCUCUUCAAACGAUGGGGUGGACGAGCAGUUCCCUAAUCAGUAUUUAGAUUCUUUUGAGAACACUUACACUGUUGCUAAUGGUGUUUCUGAGGGAGGGUCCAGAAAGGGAAAAGGCCUUGUUAAUAGCAUGUUACGCGGUGAUCUUGAAACACAACGCCAAUCAUAUUUUCGCGAGGGAAGGCCUCGUAUCCCAAGAGACAACAGGAGGAAUCUAAAUGAAGUGUCAGAGACUACAAGGCACGGCCAUGCACAUUGGAUGAGAACAAAGAAAGAUGAGUUUCCACUCAGAGUGCCUCACCAUCGAAGUGGUUCACUAUCUGGCUAUGAAAGUGGCAGCACAUCAAAUCAAAUGCACGAUGAGUUAUACUGCAGCUCUAGCUAUCGAUCACCCGACUCCUUUGAUGACCCUGACCAGGAGAAGAUGAAACUGUUGAGAAUGGUUUAUAAAUUGCAGGAACAACUCAACAGAACUAGCUAUCUAAAUGGGGAAACAAAUGGAAGACUGUCCAUGGGAAGUCAUGUUUCUUCAUAUCAAAGCCAUGAUCUUCAUGAAAGAAGACUUUAUCACAGUUCGGAUUAUCCUAGGUGUGAUGGAAUAUGUAGUCAUGGAACCAACAGGUGCCAAAAGCAUAAUUUUUCACAUGUUGUACCUUAUUUAACCGAGCCAACGAGCAGCAUACACCAUGUGGAUCAUUCCUUUUUUCCUUGCUGUCCGCAACAGUGGCAAUGCUCCGCAGAGUUGCCUCCACGUGAUCUUUAUCAGCAUGAAGAGUUAUGUAGGCCUAAUCAAGGUCACAGUUGUUGCUCACCUUGCCAUUCUUAUCCCUCAAGUCCACAAUGGCUAAUGACCUCUAACCUCCCAGCACAUGCCCAUGAAACAAAUUCUUAUGAUCAGAGGCAUAGGCCCGAGGUGAAGAAAUAUUUUUGGGAGAAACCGAGCUUGACUAGGCGACAUUACCGGCCAGUAGCAGGUGGAGCACCGUUUGUCACUUGUCAUAAAUGCUUGAAGCUGCUGCAACUGCCUGCUGAUUUCCUCCUCUUCAAAAGGGUAUACCACCAGCUCAAAUGUGGUGCAUGUCAAGAGGUACUCAAGUUUUCUCUGCAGAACAGAAGUCAUAUAGUCUCGUAUGCACCAAAUGCUCUCGAGCCCCCAUCAUCAUCUAGUAACCUUGAUGACCGAAACGAGGUGAUUGAUGGAAGCAAUCCACAUUCAGUGUCUCACGCAGACCACAUUUCAUAUUCUGAUGAUUAUGGUCAUUCUGUUGGUAAAAGCUACUCUUCAGAAGGUGAUCCUGUGUCUGCGGCACCAUUACAUCCCUUGCAUGACAGUGCAUAUGAUAAGCAAACUGUCUCUUCCGGCACCUUGGAGCCUAUAACAGAGAAGGACAAAAAUGCUUCAAGAAGUCCUACCACAAGUAAAGCUCCAGUGGAAACAGACGAACAAGCCGUGAACUCCUCCAAUAAUGUGUCAUCUGAACUGGAGGCACAUUCACAGCCAAAAAGCUCACCCCUUCAUCGACUGAUGGGUUAUACCUCGCCGAGUCAAGUGAUAAGAGGGAUUCCGUAAUCUGUUGAAGGAAUAGAGCACAUACUCAAUGCAGAAAAUGAUUGAUUCAUAACCCUCAAGAGAGAGCUCAAAUGCCAUGCACUGGCUCAGAUGACAAUUCAGUUUAUUCUAUUUGUGGUGAAUUUAAAGUGAAGCUUGGAAGAUCAAGAAUUAAGGGGAAUUCUUUUAUCCAAAUUUGGGAUGUAUGUAGUGAUGAUGCAUCUAUACAAAGAAAUUAUUGUGUUUAGUUCCCUUGAACAAGGGCAAUAAGAUUGACUUGUUGCUCUACAUGGUCUAUUAGAAGCAGAUUAGCUCCAGCAUUCAAUUUUUCUGUGCAACAACAGAUUGGCAACAGAUGCUGAAAAUACAUUCCUUGUAAAAAUGUGAUUUUGGUGUGUAUAUAAUUAAUUAUUAUUGUGUGUA